GUCGCACCACAAUAGAUAUUCCGUACAUCCCCCAUGUCCCCUGCCUCGGGCCGAGGGCGCGUCAGAAGCUUCCUCCCUCAGGCCAUUGUGGACGGCAUUUUUUCUCGGACGGCAAUUGCUGCCGUCGACCUUCACUAUCCGCCAACACGAAAUCCGCCGACAAUGGCUGGAGCAUUGCGAGUCACACGCCCUGCUGGCCUUUUGGCUGCGCGUUUUGCGCGCGCCGCGCCCUGGGCUCUUGGGUCGGCGCGGCUCUGGCAACGAGGCGGUAACAUUCAGCAAAUCGCCGCGUGGCCAACAACGUAUCUCGCAAGCCAGUCCAGGCGCGGUGGUCUGGGCCUCACGGUCCGCUGCACCCACACCACCACCGAACCUUCUGACAGCACCCCCGAACCUCCUUCCGGCAGCACCGCCGAACCUCCCUCCGGCAGCGCCUCCGAACCUCCCCGCGCGACCCGGUACCCCAAACCUCGCUCCGGCAGCGCCGCCAAACCUCCCCGCGCGACCAAGUACCCUCGCCGUGCCCCGAGGCAGAAGCGUCACCAGCUGUCUGAACCCAUCAGGACCGCCACCAAAACCGGGGUCGUGACCCGUACCGGGGGAACGCUGUCCUUCGUCCGUUUUUCUGACGGCAAUUUGCCGAUCAAGCCGACCAUUUCUCUGCUCUGGCUGCGCGAUGCGUGUCCCUGCAGUUUUUGCGUCGACCCCGACUCGGGCCAGAAGACCUUUUCGACCACCGAUGUGCCCAACACUCCGUGGGUGCAGCAUGCAGAGCUGACCGACGACGGUUCGCUGAAAGUGGUCUGGGAGAGGGACUUCCUCAGCGGCGGCCAGUCGCACACGUCCGUCUAUCCUGCCGAGGAGCUGACAGCCUGGCAAACGGACGAGUAUUGGAUAAGGCAUGGGAAUUUAGCCCUCUUGCCCAGGAGCAUGCCUUGGGACCGGGCGGCGUACGAGGCGCUGCUUGCUGAAGGGCGGUGCCGCGUUAGCUACCAGGAUUGGAUGAAUCAGGACGAUGCUUUCUGGAAAGCCUUCGGCGACCUCCGGGCGACCGGUCUGAUAUUCAUCACGGACGUGCCGCAGGACGAGAAGGAGGUCGAGCGCAUCGCGAGCCGCAUCGGCCCGCUGCAGCACACCUUCUACGGCUGGACGUGGGACGUGCGGUCGAAGCCGCAGGCCGAGAACGUGGCGUACACGAACAAGUUCCUCGGCCUCCACCAGGAUCUCCUGUACCACGACCCGGUCCCGCAGCUGCAGCUGCUGCACUGCCUCGCCAACGACUGCGAGGGCGGCGAAUCUCUCUUCAGCCACGGCACGCACGCGGCGUACCAGCUCAUGUCCCGGAACCCGAGGGUCUUCAAAGAUCUCAGCUCCUUGAAGACCGCCUUCGGCUACAAGAAUGGUGAGCACCACUACGUCGCCUCGCGUUGCACGAUAUCCAUCAACCCGAGCGGGCUGCCCACGGGGACGCGGUGGGCGCCUCCGUUCCAGGCCACCUUCCCCAUGCCGUCGAACGACCGGCAGAUCGUGAAUCUUCGCCGCUGGAAGCAGUCCGCGAAGCGCUUCCGGAAGGUCAUCGAGGCGCCCGAAAACGUGUUCGAGGUCAAGCUCAAGCCGGGCGAGUGCGUCAUCUUCAACAACUGGGAGGUCCUCCACGGCCGGCGCCAGUUCGACACCGCCGAGGGCAGCAGGUGGCUCAAAGGCGCGUACAUCUCGCCGCAGACUUACAAAGCUGCGGUGCAUAGGUUUACGGAGCACCUCGACCGCUCCGGUCAGUUGCGCGCUAAGAAAGCCGAGCAAGAGCCGGCGGAGGCCGUGCCGGCCACUCCGUCCGAGUCUGCCGAAUCCCCAGCGUCGCCGGCGGCUUGACAUUAGGGUAGGAUUCACACAGUGAGCUCAUGCAAGACUUGUACACAUGUGCACGACGCUGCUGCUAUCGGGAAGGCACCCCAAUACAUUGUCACUCCCAAAUGCCAGCUAGCAAUUCAUUUCCAUGUCGAGAGCUAGACAAUCU